AUGAAGCAACUCUUCAGUGGAUCGUCCGAUAGAUUGGCAGGCAACCAGACCCUCCGGGAGCCCCUCGUUUUCUUCCUGGCUGGGAUUCCGGGCCUGGAACCAGCUCACCCCUGGAUCUCCAUCCCCUUCUGCUCCAUGUUCCUCAUCUCCCUCCUGGGCAACGGCACCCUCCUCUACGUCAUCAAGACAGACCUGAGUCUCCACAAGCCCAUGUUCUUCUUCCUCUCCAUGCUGUCCUCCAUUGAUCUGGUGUUGUCCCUCACCACCAUGCCCAAAACCCUGGGCAUCUUCUGGUUCAAAGCCGGGGAGAUUGGGCUGGUUGGCUGCCUGGCGCAGAUGUUCUUCCUCCACUCCUUUUCCAUCAUGGAGUCCGCGGUGCUCUUGGCCAUGUCCUUCGACUGCUACGUGGCCAUUUGCCACCCUCUGAGGUACCACAGCGUCCUGACCCAUUCUCUGGUGGCCAAAGCUGGGCUGGUGGUUUUGAUGAGAGCGGUUGCCCUGACGCUGCCCGUACCCUUCCUGCUCCGGAGGCUCUCCUACUGCCACUCCCUCACGAUCGCCCACUGCUACUGCGAGCACAUGGCCGUGGUGAGGCUGGCCUGUUCCAACACCCGCUUCACUAACAUUUACGGGAUCUUCGUGGCCCUCCUGGUCGUUGGCUUUGACCUGAGCUUCAUUGUGCUGUCCUACGCCAAGAUCCUCCGGGCGGUCCUGAGUCUGGCUACCAAGGAGGAGCAGCACAAAGCCUUUGGCACCUGCCUGUCCCAUGUCUGCGCCAUCCUGAUCUUCUACGUCCCGGUGAUCCUCUCCUCCUUCCUACACAGGUUCAGCUCCCACGUUCCCACCUACAUCCACAUUCUCCUGGCUAACUUCUACCUGCUCUUCCCGCCAAUGAUGAACCCCAUUAUUUAUGGGGUGCAGACAAAGCAGAUCCGAGAGAGGGAAGGUCUCCUGGAAUAUCUCCUGGGGUCUCGUGAAGAUUAUUCAGGCUCUCAGAUCCACCCUAUCUCGGACUCUGAUACAGCAGAGCAGGCUGAGGUUCUUGGAUGUACAGUCUGGUCAUCAGAGGGGGCAUUCAGCAGGUUCUGA